CCCGUCGCAGCCCGCCAUGGCCUGUCAAUUUCGAGGACCACUCAUGAGGAGCAGCAGCUGUGGCGCGCGACCGUGCAGAGCUGAGGACAGGGGACAUGGCGCCUUGCAGGGCGCCUUGCAGGGGGACCAAAGAUAGAGAAGAUUGGAGCCUGGCUCCAAACACGGCGUUACCGCCGAAUGGAUCUCCUAUCCUGGUUCUGUCAGCCCCCCAGUUUUCAAAAAAACAAUCGCGACCCACUCCACCUCUUCCCACGUCCUCAAUCUGGAAGUCCACGAUUAGCAGGUCCCAGCGUUACUGCCAACCGCCGAAAUGUCUUCCAACGGUUCCGGGAAACAGACGGAUUCGGAUUCGGGCUCGGGUCAGAGCUCCGAUGACGUGGCCAACCUGAUCAUUGCCGUGGUCGCCCUGAUUAUUUCCGUGAUUGCUUUUGUAAUCGCCACGCUGCAGGCGCUCCAGCAAUACUACGGCACGGCGACCGGCUACUCUUCCUGCACCGAAGAGAUAAUGGGGAAAUGGGCUGCCUUCACGCACCGGCGGAUGAAGUGGUCCGAGUUCCGCUUCCAGGUCGAGUUCGAGGUGCCCGUCAUCUUCGUCGCCAGGCCUGAGAACCAGAAGGGCCCACUGGGCAGCCACGACCAGAAGGCGAUCGUGUUCAUGGACGGCUCCCCGAGGAGCCUCGAGGAAUCUCACACGCGGAGCCAGAAGGAGUUCAACCAGCGGCGGACCCAGCGGAUCCUGGCCGGGACGCGCCAGGGCGUCCACACUGCCGACAACGAAGAAGCCAGCUGGCUCGCCCUGCUCAUGGCCAUCCAGCGCAUGGAGGGCGAGUCUCGCGGGUGGCAGCAAACGCAGACGGGCUAUUCCUCCCCCGUAGCGCACAACCCUCCACACUCCAUCAUCGCCUGUCUGCAGAGCAAGAAGAAGUCGUGGGAUAGCAUGCCCCCGAACCUGACGAAGCCCUACGCCUACACCACCAUCGCCCACCUAGUGGAAAUAGCGGCGAUGCUGGGCAUCUACUGGAAGGACUUCAACCUGAACGAAGACCGGUAUCGCGCGCGGGGCAACGGCUUUAGCAUCAUCGGUUCCUACGUCGAGGGCCUUGGAAUCGCCUUUACUUUCCAGAAGGUGGGGCCGACGUGGUUUGAGGAGAAUCGUGUCGUCCCGAACUAUCGGAUCAAGGAACUGUGCUUUGGCUUCUGCCCCACCAUCUUCCGGGGCGAGCAUGACGUCCUGUAUGCAGAUGAGCCCAAGGACAGAGGCACGCUUCAACUCGGGAGUCUAGCCGAGAUAGCAGAGACGCUUGUGGUCUUUGGGUGCAACAACAAGACGGUGAAUUUCUUCAGAAAACACGACGAGAAGGCCCGAUACAGCCAUCUGUUUCCAGUUCCGUUCGAGAUCCUCGGCAUGGUCGGGAUCGUGUUGCAAGUCGAGAACACCGCCUUCCGGGCCCUGCCCAACCCCACGGUCUUCACCUGGGACACCGAGUCCUUCUCUCUGCACGCCCUGAUGCUCGAGUACGCCUCUGCCCUGCAGGAGCGCCAGCGGUCCGGCGACAAGCUGCUGAAGGACAAUCCCGAGAUCGCCAAGAUCCUGCUCGCCGCCGACAACAUCGAGAACGCCUUCUCGGACUGGCAGCUGGGGCUGCCGAUGGCCGGGGCGGCCAAGGACGCCGUCGUCACCCCGGACGUGUACCCGCCGGCGCUCCUCGCCGCGCUGCGUGCCGCCAUCCGCGGCUGCGACGAGUACCUCAAGCAGCCCGACCGCCUGCGGCUGGUGCAGCAGGUGCUGCGCGUGCACGUGCAGGAGGUCCUGGACACGCUGAACCCCGACGACGACGAGGAUGACGCCGACGACGGCAGGGGGGGUUCCGUGGCUUACGGUCGCGAGGUGCAUCACCUAGGGGAUGCCGCGGAUGCGGGCGAUUUCAGGGAACAAUACAAAGGGAGCAAGGCGGUUCUGCAGAGCCUCGACUCGGCCUCGUCUGGGGAGCGGCAUCGUCUGGCUGCGAAGCUGUACGUCUCGUUCCUGCGGCGGAGAGUCGUACAGGUCGUGUGUGGGGAGCUGGAUAUGGGGAGGAAGCGCGAGAGGCGCCUGUCCCUGGUGUCAACGGAUACCAUUAGCGGGGCGGCAGUGGGGAAACAGGUGAAUGACACUUGGUGCAUGCUGGUGUUUCGCAUGAUGUGCUGGUUGUUGCUGCAUGACUUCCACAAAAAGGAUAUCCAUGUCAGCAAGAGCGAUGUAUUUGAGAGCCGGAUGCCGGUUUAUGUCACUUGAUGCUGUGGCAGAUGGCAACAGUUCACGCUUUGGGGGCGGCCUGAGCUGGUAUUCAAAGAGCGUGCGAUAUCUCUUCGCAUCCACGGAAAUGGCCAUACCAGAGAGUGUAGGGCUCACGGACCGCGGGGGGCGGAGCAGAACGGGGGCACCGGAGCUAAGUAGGAUCCAUCAAUGAUCCAUAAUUGACUAUAUCAUUGUCUUUUAGUU